AUGUCGUUUGAUGAGGCCGAUGGGGACUCUCAGGAUCGCGGAAUCAUUCGCAAAAUGGGCUGUGUCGGCGAUUCCCGUGCGGCAGUUAUGUCUGCGACAAAACUUUCAAGCGAUGAACUGAUACGAAGGAGUUUCAACACUGACUCUUGUAUAACGUUGGACUGUUGUUGCUGCUCGUUCACUGUUAAGUGUUUUUGUCCUUCCGAAAUGACGCCAAACCAAAAAGCGAAGGUUUUCUCGAUUUUGGAACAGAAUAUGAAGGGAUUUUAUAUGAAGUCAUCAUGGGGAUGGAAUGGUGACACCAAGUUUGACGAACUCUUCUCCGCCAACUCACACUUUCUAUUAUGCUUCUUGGCGAAUUUUAAGACGUGCUGUGAUCUCAGUCGACACAAUGUUCCCCCCUCCUCGCUUGCAAGUUCCGAUGAACCCUGUGCCUUCGUUCACUUUCGUUUUGAAGUUGACUCUCGACGACCGAUACUCUACUGCUACGAAAUUCAGUUAGUGGAGGAGGUUCGUGGUUUAAAUCUGGGCCAGAAGUUGUUGCAUAUCCUAUACAAAAUUGCAGCCGACAACCAAAUGACACAAGUCAUCUUGACGGUGUUUAAGUUUAAUUCCCCGGCAUGUGCCUUCUUCGCAAAAAAUGGCUUCAAAACAGACAGCAGCGACCCCUCCAGAUUUGGACAAUCUGUUGACUAUUCUAUUUUGUCUAGAUCUCCCUGA